CUCACACCGACAGGAGGAGAAUCAGGAGAGCGUCCGGUCAUCCUGAAGAACAAAAUAACGGUUUGUUUGUCCUUCAGCUGUCCCUGCAGACACUCAGCAUGUCCUUCUGUCGCUUUUUCGGAAGUGAGGUCUACAAGGAUCAUUUUAAACCAGGCAUGUACGUGUGCUCCAAGUGCAACCAUCCACUGUUCUCCAGCCGCUCCAAGUUUGCCCACUCGUCUCCUUGGCCGGCGUUCACCGACACCAUCAGAGAGGACAGCGUCACCAAGAUGAUGGAGACUCUCACCGCCUACAAGGUUCUGUGUGGAAAAUGCGGCAACGGGCUCGGCCACGAGUUUGUGAACGACGGCCCAGAGGAAGGAGUGUCACGGUUUUGAAUAUUCAGUCACUCGCUCAAGUUUGUCCCCAACAAAGGUGAGGACAAGCAUUAAAGAGUGAGGUCCAAGUUUCCACUCAAGUUUCCUGCUGUAUCUGCUGCUCAAUCCGGAACCGGUGAUCAGGUCGGGUCAGCAGGUGACGUGGACGGGAGAAAGUCCUGACAGGGACGUCCCAUCCACUGAAGAAUUUUUGACCUGCCUGGGACACAGUGACAGAAACUCUGCAAAUACUCCUUUAUGAUUCCUUGAAUACCUCAUAUAUAUAUAUACAUAUUAACUGAUUAUGAU